AUGGGGCGAGGGCGCGCGUCCCGGGAGGGUGCCCAAGGACGAGGAGGAGGAAGAGGAGGAGGUGCAGGGCCGCGGGGCGCGGGCGCGGGCCGCGGCGGGGACGCUGGGACCAGGAGAGCCGCUGAGUGCGCGCUCCAAGCAGGCUCUGGGAAGUACGGGCUCCAGGCAGCUCCCUUUCUCUGGCCUUCCUCCCUCCUCUCUCCCCCUCUCCUCCCCUCCUCCUCCCUCCGCCCUCCCUGGACGUGGGCUGCAGCCUUCAGUCCUGAGGGACGGGACGGGGGACGGCGAAGCCCCCUCGCGGGAGGAGGGGCUGCGAGAGCGCGGCUGCCCCGCGGCCGGAUGGCGCGCGUCGGGGAGGGGACGCGGGACGCGGGGCGGAAGCGGCCGACCCCAGCCCCCGACUUCGCGACACAGCUUUUUCCCCGUCUGAACCGACAGUUUGAAAUGACAAGACGAGGUAACUCGAGAGACCCGGGGGGCAGCCUGCUCUGAGCCUGAUUUUUUCCGACCCUAACUUCAAACCCACCUCCAACUCGCGGUCCCCGACAGCCUCCCCGCGCGGACGGUGCCUCUGCGCAGGACUUCCCGUGGCCCUAGUUCAGACCCUUCUGGCAGCCCUUAUCAGACUGUUCUGGAAUUAUUUGUUUACCUGGCUCUCUCCCGUCCUCUUUUGGGAGAUCCUUCCUGGAAGACAAAGACCGUGCACUGUUUAUCUUUGUAAUCCCAUGACUAUUUAAAUACACUACUUGGUAUAUGGUAAGCACUUAAUAAAUAUUUGUUGGCUAAGUGAGUAUUCCUCACCGCAAGCAGAACUGCAGGUCACUACAGAUGAUCUUCAGAAGGCCCAAAGCAAGUAUAAAGAAGAAAGGGUCCCCGGCAUUCUGGGAGGUAAGCGCACAGCUAUUUGUGCACCAACCUGUUUCCUCAUCUGUAAAAUGGGAAUACUUAAUAUUUGUCACCCAAGGUUGUGCAGAUUAGUAGAGAUUAUGAAUCGAUGGCUAUUGAUAGAGCGUCUAGCACCCCUUUUUGCCUGGUUUAAAGUCCACCCUACAUGGAAGCUAACAUUAAGAAAAUUCCCCUUGUUUCCCGGGCCAUUUAAGCUUACAGACUUGACUGCUAGGAGCAAGUAAAUGGAAAACUCCCAGGGGGUUCUCUCCCACUUCCCGAUUCCCAGGAAUCCUCUCUCAGCCUGCUGUUCCUUUCCUUCCCAGCACCAAUCACAAUUUCUAAUUAUGUAUUUGCUUGUUUAACUUUAUCUUUUUUUCCCUCACCAGACAUUCUUUACUGAACACUGGUUUAAGUGCUGCUAGGAGUGGGCUGGGUGUGGCGGUGGGGUGAAGAUAAGGACUCUGCCUUUAGGGAGUUUAAAGUGGUAUUUUGGAGAUAAGAUACCCAAAACUACUUAACAGCAACGGAAAUCCUGGAAUUCUGGUUCAAAAUGCAGAAAGCAAAGUAGAAAAUAUUUGCUUUACGAAUAUUAUGAAGAGAAAAAACAGUGGUGAUGCUUGGAUAUAUAUUGGGAUUCACUUGGAAGUCUGAAGAUUUUGAUAACGAGUUUUACUGUAGAAAAAAAUGUUUUUCUUUAAUUGCUGUCAUGUCUUUCCUGAUUAUGGGAACAAAAGUGUAUCCUGAUUGAAAAUAAAGCAAGAGUCUAUAGAAAUGGUGACUGAAGAAGCCCAGAAGAGUCGAGGGCUACAGUUAAUCCCCAAAUUUAGUAACUUCUAGUCCUCCUUGUAUUGACCGAUUUAUUGAUUGUGUCCGUCGGCAGCCUGCCACUGCUAACUCUCCCUCAGCUGUGUGAGGUCACCACGUGGGGGCAGUGUCUUCCUGAGCAAUGACUGGGUGGUGGUCUUGGGCCCCAGUGCUUGCCAUUAAUGCCAGCAGUUUGUCCCCCUUGGCCAUUCCUGACUGUUGAAGACACUCCACAGAAAGGCAUUGUCUUGUUGGCAUCUGGCGAAGGCCAGUUGAUCUAGUCAUGGAUGGUUCCAGGCAGACCCCACUUAUGAGUAGGUGGAAUAUGUUGUGUGAUUUCAGGAUGCUGUAAGGGGGCGGGUGCUCCCCUGCCCCCGCCCCUGCCUUGGGAAAUGUGGCUUGAUUCCAACCGUAGAACCUGAUUCCUUUGACUUUAAGCCAGGCCAAGACUUUGUCCAUUGUUAAAAGUCAAAAACCGCAAGGAUAAAAAAUGAAAAUAAGUUCCACGAGAAGAUCCUUGCCUGGUUUGUUCUUCGUGAUGAACCCAACACCUGGACAGUGCCUAACACAUACUAGACACUCGGUAAUUAUUUUUCAAUGAAUGAGCAUGUUAAGUCUUGUGAGUUAUUGACUCUGGCUCAAAUGACACCAUCAGGUCUUUCCAAGAUCCUGUGGGUAGGACUGAAUUAGUGGUGGCAUCUUGGACAGCAGCCUAAAGCAGGGUCGUGGCUGGGGUCUUCACUCAUUUUUUUGCAGGGGGCAGACACUAGAUGGUGACCUCUUGCAUAAUGGGACAACUGAUGAAAUUUCAAGAAAUAAAAAAAUAUAAUUGCACCACUGUAUUGACACAUUAGUCAGGGGAUAGUAAAAAAGGGAGACCUGGAAAAUACAGGUAAUGGUGAGAGUGAAAUUCAGGGUGUUUUCAGAAAAAUGCAUAUGGUUGGGGUUAUAUUUGGGGAAACGAGAGAUUUCUGUUUUCUGUCCAUUUCAUAAAGAACAAUUUAGACCUAUUUGGAAGAACAGUUGAGCAGCAUUGUAUUACCAAACAAGACCCAAUCUGUAAACAGAUUUCCCCAGAUUGACUCUGGGGAAAAUAAUGUACAUUCAGUUGAGAUAUAAGUGAUCUUGACGACCUGUUUACUGCUUAAAAGAAAGUUUCAAAAGUGAGAGCUCUCAGUAGCAAUAGUUUCUUGGCAUACAAAGAAUUACAAGACAACAAAAGGGGUCUGUAUCCUGGAAAAAAUCAGACUAAUGACCAGGAGGCCUCUGCAUCCUCCCCUGCCCACCACCCUACCGCAUUACUGCUUCACCUACAGGGUUAUAUGCUAGAUUGAAAGGAAAUAUUGUAUGCACCUGUAGUUUUUAUUACUCAUCUCAGUUUCUCUGGCAGUGUUCAUUCUGAGGUUUGCUUUAAGAAAUUCAAACCUAUAAUUAUGUCUGAAAUGUUUGUAUCUGGGAAUUAUAGACAUUAAAAGUCUCUCUUGAGGCUGUUUGUGUGGCAUGUGCUUUGGACCUUUUAGGUAUGUAGCAGAAAGCUGCAGUAUCUACCACGUGUUGUGAUUAUCUGUUAAGUCUCCUGCAUCUUUUACAGGACCAAAAAGUUCUUGAGGCCCAAGACUGUAUAUUUUAUUGGUUUUGUCAUUCUUAACACCUCUCUCCCCUUCAGUUCACCCCUACCCACAUCCAGGCCAUCACCACUCCUCCUGAUUUUACCUCCAAAAUAGUUCUGAAAUCCAGUCACUUACUCCAGUCAUUUGAGAAAGCACAAGUAACCACAUGGAGAGGCCCACAAGGAGGUCCCUGGCUUACAGUCCCAGCUGAGCUCCUGGCAGAUAGCCAGCACCAGUUUCCCAGACUUGUCCUGGAAAUGGAUCCUCCAACCCCAGUUGAGCUGUGCUAGCCAAUGCCACAUGGAAGGUAGAUAAGCUGUCUUCAUUGGGCCCUGUCCAGAUUGCAAAAUUGUUAGCAAAAAAAAUGAAUGCUGUGUCUUAAACCACCAAGUUUGGGGGAGGUUUUUAUAUAGCAAUAUAUAACUGACAUGUAAUUUCAUAACUAGAAGUGGGGUCCUGAUCUAACAAAUCUGAAACAUAUGGGAAUGGCUUUGGAGUUAGGUGGAAGCUAAAAGAGCCUUGAGGAUUCUAUUAGUGAAAUCUUGAAUGACAGUGAGAGUCUUUUUAUUGCCGGCUGGAGAAAAGGGGACCAGAUUUACCUGUUAGCAGACAUUUAACCAAACAGAAGGUAGAAAAGGUACCUUAUGGACAUGUGACUCUGACUAAAGAGGUUUCUGGACAAAAUGUUGAAAGAGCUGAUCAUUUCUUUUACAUGCUUAUGAAUUUUAAAAGGCAUUGUUCCGUUUUUGAUCAGAAUUUAGAGGAAAUAUAAGAAUAAAAUUGUUUCUUAUUCCUAGCUUCUCCAAGUGGCAGAACUCUCAAAAUAAAAAAUUGUCUAGGGGCAAAGGUCAAAUCCAGCAUGCUACCAGGAAAACAUGGUCUUAAGUGAAGUUCUUGUCAAAGGUGUAUCUAGAAGACCCUGUGGGAGACAGCCUCUCGAUGGCCCUCCAUGAUCCCGACUUCCUGGUUGUGAUGGUUUGGAGGCUUUAUGAACCUAGAAAAUUAUGUUCUUAAAGUUAAUCCAUUCCCGUGGGUGUGAAUCCCUGGGACGUGACCCAUGGUGGGUCUUAAUCCUCUUACUAGAGUCCUUUAUAAGUGAGUUGAAUAUGGAGAGAGAGACAGAGACAAAGCCCCAGAAGCCAGAAGCUGAAAGCCAUGAAGCUCAGAAUAGAAGGCAGAGAUCAGCAGACACUGCCAUGAGCCUUGCUAUGUGCCAGAGGAGUCCAAGAUCACCCACAGCUGGUCUUUCAGGAGAAAACAUCAUCUGAUGAUGCCUUUUUUGGACAUUGUUCACAGCCUCAGGACUGUAAGCUUGUAAGUUAAUAAUUCUCAUUGUUAAAAACCAACCCAUUUCUGGUAUGUUGCUUUCAGCAGCCUAGCAGACUAAAACACUGGUAGUCAAGCCCUUGUGUGAUCCCCUCCCCUGGAGUGUAGACUGGACUUAGUGACUUCCUUUUAAUGAAUAGAGCAUGGCAAAAGUGGAAGUAUGUCACUUCUGAGAUUAGGUUACAAAGAGGCUGUGGGUGGGAGCUUCUCUAUGGAGAAGCCCAAGUGGCAAGGAACUGCAGAGGCUUCCAGUUUAGAACCAGCAGGAAACUGGGUCUCUAGUACAACAACCCACAAGGAACUGCAUCCUGCCAUCCAUUGUGUGGAUAAACCUGAACGCAGAUCCUCCCUAAAUGGAGCCUUCAGGUGAGACCAUAGCCUGGCCAACACCUUGUUUGCAGCCUUUUGAGAGACUUGAGGCAGAUGUGCCUAAUGAAGUGGAAUCUAGCUGUCUGACUCACAGAAACUGAGAUAAUAAAAGUUUAUUGUU